AUGCGUCAGAACACCUGCGCCCUAGAUGUUAUCAAGCCCAUGAUUAAUGCUGCUCUGUGCGGGGACUAUAAAUAUGGCGGUGUACAUGUUCUUGCUGGCGUGAUCCACCCCAAGAACCUGUUCCUGCAGCGCUACUACCAGAAGGUCAUCAACGACGCUGUGCUGAACUUGUCCAAGAUGAACCUGCAGUUUCUGAGGUCGACCUUUGUGAUCAACAGCACGAUUAGUAUGGAGACCAACCCUUCUCCCAAGUCGAUCCUGGACUGCCUCUGUGAGAAGUUCCUGCCCGACAACGUGUCCGCCAUCAUCUUCCUGACGCAGACGGAGAGCUACAGCAGGUCCACCGCCUCUGCCCAGUAUUUCCUGCAGCUGGCCGGCUACCUGGGCAUCCCGGUCAUCGCCUGGAACGCUGACAACUCCGGUUUGGAACAGGCGGCGCAGAGUGGACUAAGAAUCCAGUUAGCGCCUUCAGUGCAUCACCAAGCAGCCGCCAUGCUGUCUAUCUUGGUGAGGUACCAGUGGCACUCCCUCUCCAUCGUCACGUCUCAAAUCGCAGGCUACACUGACUUCGUGCAGGCCGUGCGGGACCAGGCAGCUCAGCACAAGGAGAACCAUCUGGGGAAAUUCGUGAUCAUAGACACCAUUAUCGUGGACGACGACCCGAUCACCUCCCUGCAGACGCUGAAGACCUCGGAGGCGCGCAUCCUCCUCCUGUAUUCGACCCGCGAGGAGGCCGCCGUCAUCAUGAAGGCGGCGACGGAGCUGGGACUCACCGACAAGAACUACAUCUGGAUCGUGACGCAAUCGGUGGUCGUGGAUCGAGCCGUCAACCUCCCCACGUCCAGCGACCUCCCUGUGGGCAUGCUAGGCGUUCACUUCGACACCUCGCUGGAAAGUCUGGCCAAGAACAUCCAGACAGCAAUAGAGGUCUUUGCCUACGCCGUUGAGCAGUUUGUGAACGCAACUCGCUACACGCCAAGUGAUCUGAACCCGAGGCUGUCUUGUGAGGACCAGAAAAACGCGAAAUGGGGACUGGGAUCGACUUUCUACAGACACCUGAGGAACGUGAGCCUGAACCAGCACAACCCCAGCGUGACGUUCAACAUCGACGGGACGAGAAGUGACGUAGAGCUGAAAAUUGUAAACUUGAGGGAAGGCACAUCCAAUAACAAGGUGUGGGAGGAGAUAGGGGUGUGGAGAUCGUGGGAGGGAGAAGGUCUCUCCAUCACGACGUGGCCGGGCGGGGGCACUCCCCCCCAGGGAGUGCCCGGGAAAACACCUGAGGAAACGUGGAGCCUGAAACCAGCAACAAAACAGCGUGACGUUAAACCAUCGACGGGACGAGGAAGUGACGUAGAGCUGAAAAUUGUAAACUUGAGGGAAGGCACAUCCAAUAACAAGGACUGUGGGAGGCUGUACUUGCCUGGAGGCAGCCAACCCUUCGACACGGCCUCGUGGAUGUUGGUCGCCUUCGUGGCAAUCCAGGUCGCCGCGCUCACCAUCUUCCUGUUCGAAUGGCUCAGCCCCGGAGGAUACAACAUGCGGAUGGCGCCACCGCGAGACCACAAGUUCUCGCUCUUCAGGACUUAUUGGCUCGUGUGGGCCGUCCUCUUCCAGGCUGCAGUGCACGUCGACUGCCCCCGAGGCUUCACCGCAAGCGAGCUGGACGCCUUCAUCUACGACGCGACGGUGCUCGACUACCUCGUCGGCCAAGACGACGACUGCCAGAUCCUGACGGUGGGCUCCUGGUACUCCAUGUCGGGCUACGGGCUGGCCUUCCCCCGGGGCUCCAAGUACCUCAGCCUCUUCAACAACAAGCUCAUGAGCUACAAGGAUAACGGCGACAUCGAACGUCUGCAACGGUUCUGGAUGACGGGCACUUGCAAACCGAAGAAACAGCAGAGACGGGCUUCAGAACCGCUGGCCAUCGAACAGUUCCUCUCCGCUUACCUCCUGCUUGGUAUUGGCAUGGUGCUUGCCAUUGUCCUGCUGGCGCUCGAACACGUCUACUUCAAGUACGUGAGGAAACACCUGGCCAAGAAGGACUCCGGAGGGUGCUGCGCUCUCGUCUCGCUGAGCAUGGGCAAAUCUCUGACCUUUCGAGGCGCUGUCUACGAAGCCACGGACAAGCUGAGGAGGCACCGCUGCCGUGACCCGCUGUGCGACACCCACAUCUGGAAGGUCAAGCACGAACUGGACAUGGCACGGAUGAGGAUCAAGCAACUGGAGAAGGAACUUGAAGCAAACGGGGUCAAACCUGUCGCCAAGAAGCAGAUGGGUCAGCCGGCUGGGUGAGCUCCGUUUUCUGUGUAUAUUUUGAUCUCUCUCCGUUUUCUAUUGUUUUUUUGUUUUUUUUUUGGUUGAUGUUAUUGGAUGUGGGUUAUUUUUUAAAGGCUCUUUUUUAAGUCUUAUUUGGUCUCUGGUUUUAUCUGUUGGUUUGUUUUCUUGAUUGUUAUGGCUAUUCUCUCUCUC